CCUGCCGCGCUGUUUGCCCCUCCUGCCGACCCGUAGUGUUCGCUCCUCCUCGCGCCACCAUGGAGGGCGCCGCGGCCUCUGCCGAGGGCCUGCGCUAUGCCGAGUACGCCCGGGCCCCUACGGGCGCCGGCAAGGGCCAAGCCGAGCUGGACCGGGGGCUGGCCAGGACUAUGAUAGCACUUGGACUUGGUGUUGCAACUGUUGCAUUUGCAGGUCGUUAUGCUUUCCGUGUUUGGAAACCAUUGGAGCAGGCAAUUACAGAGGCAGCAAAGAGGAUUUCAACUUCUAGUCUUUCAUCAUACUAUAAAGGAGGAUUUGAACAGAAAAUGAGUAGGCGAGAAGCAAGUCUUAUUUUAGGUGUAAGUCCAUCUGCUGGCAAGGACAAAAUCAGAACAGCGCAUAGGAAAAUCAUGAUUUUGAAUCACCCUGAUAAAGGUGGAUCACCUUACUUAGCAACAAAAAUAAACGAAGCAAAAGACUUGUUGGAAUCCAGUGCCAAAAACUGAAACCUGAAGCCUUGGGCCGUAGGAUAUUCAGCAGAUACAUUGUGCAAUAAUUUUCACGUCUGCUUGCUCUGCACAGUUUAUUAACAUUGAUUGCUCAUAUUUAUUGUCAUAAUUAAAAUGUUAAGAUUAUUUAAAAGCAAAGUGAAAUCUUGUACAGUAAUGUAAAGUUAUGUACAGUUAUGCCCCUAUAAGGAGCAGGGAGUCGGAAUGAUGAUCCUUGUGGGUUCCUUCCAACUCAAGAUGUUAUAUGACUCCCAUAUAUGAGUCCCAUUUCAGUGUAUUCUUACUGAAUUAUAAUCCCUUACAAGCUUCAAAAAAGUUCUUUUGACUGUGGUUUUUUUGAGAAGUAUUUGUUGAUUUCUUUUGUUUAAUUUUGGAUCUUUUAAAAUAAAAACUUAAAAACAGUAAUAGAGGGUUGUUUCUUCAUUAGUAAAGAAACAGCCCUAUCUUUAGGGUCACCAUAAAAUCUGUGACAGUGCAUUGAGUCACAGGAAAUAUGAAAGACCCCAUUUGGCAAGUUUUCAGCACCACCUUACGCUUGAAUCUGUUCAUUUGUGAAGUAGUAGAGUUUGUUCAUGGGUGCAGUUUGAGAGCUGCAACUCAGGACAAAGUGACUGAUGGGACUACAGACUGCAGCUUCCACUAGGUGUGUUUAUGGGGCUUGGAGCUAUGAAGGAGGAUUCUUGGGUUUGGUUGCUUCUUUUGCAUAUUAAAAGAUCUCUGAAAUUGUCAAGUAAUUAUUAAGACAUGCUAUUACUUCAAGUCACAGAGUAUGUUUAAUCUCCAGCAGUUGGAGUAAACAUGGGAUUUUCUGCAAAGGUUUUCAUGGCAGUGAGAUUGAAGAAGGUGGGUCCAUGUGGCAUGGUUUAGAUGGAUUUUCCAGGCUGCUGCUUGUCUAGGUUAGCCCAGUUGUGUGAGCCUGGUGUAGAACUGAUGCAGCAGGGAACAAACAGGAGAGUAUGUGCUUUUGCACAUGGCUCCAGGAGCACUUACUGGGUUAGCUCUCCAGUAAUGCUCACAUCUCUGCAUUAUGCCUCAUAUCCCAGCAUAUAUGUACCUCUCUUCAUUUGUAGUGUCCUGGCAGUCUAGUGCUGGCUUUGGUGAAUCCUGAAGUCAUGAACUCAGACUUUAGAGGGAACAAGUUGUAGUUGACAGCUCAGGGUAGGUGCUAUUUGGGGCACUUGGCUGCUACAGAUUACUACCAAUAAGUCCUCUGCAGUUGAAUUAAAUCUCCUAAGCAUAGACAGUCUAGUGUAUUUAGUGCAAGACUGAAAAACUGAUGUCCACUCAAGCACUGUCAUUAGAAGCACAACAAAUAGCUUACUAAAGUGCUACAAAUACAAAAUUUAGAUACUCCAUUUUCUAGGUUAUUUAGCCAGAGGUAAGUGGCUAAGAGCAGUUAAUAUGAGGUUGGAUGCUUUAAUUAUUUAUUCACCAGAAUGUGCAUUUGUAGUUCAUCCAUGGUGGAUGUUCAGAUUAUGUGGAUUUUUCCUUGAAAGGAAGAAAGAGUAUGAAGUAUUUUUUAUUUGGGUCUUCCCGCUUUGUCAGAAUUCCCUUACUUUCAUCAAAGAGAGGUGAAAAAUUUUAAGUUGACCCUAAAAGAAAGUACUAAUUCUAAGUACUUUUGAGACUUAGUUGCAAUUAGAGUGGCAAGACUAGGGCCCAAUUUCACUGGGUAAAGC